AUGUCGCAACGAGCAGUCCUUCUGAUUGGAAAUAUUGACCACUGUAAAGAUGAGUGGAAGGCAUUGGCUUCUUUGGCUUCUCUGCGUGUACCCAAGCCCAACGAAUGGAAAACGGAUGGCACGUCCACAUGUCCACAAGUGGCUUCUACGGAAGCCCAGAAAGUAACAGGUUUGGACAUCACGGAUGUGCUUGAUAUUUGGAUAAGGCAGCAACUCGCUGAACAACCCAAAAAGAAACAACAUUGCAUCGAUAUUCCCAUCUUCAUGCAGAUUGAAUAUUGCCAAGGAACCCGGGCUGAGUUUCUUGCCGACUGUCAACGCGGAAAGUACAACGACGUGGUCGCGAUAUAUCGGUCGAACGAAUCAGUGAAGGUUACCGGUCCUUUCGAUGCCGAGCUUCUCAAUGCGCUCCCGAGAUCACUUAGGUUCAUCUGCCAUAACGGGGCGGGAUAUGACAAUAUCGAUAUCGCAACAUGCACCCAGAAAGGAAUCGCUGUUUCUAAUACGCCGCAAGCGGUCAAUGAUGCCACCGCAAACACUGCAAUUUUCCUGAUGCUCGGCGCGUUAAGAAAAGUGUGGGCUCCAUUAUCUGCUAUUCGAGAAGGGAAGUGGCGGGGCGAAACCACCUUAGGGCAUGACCCCCAAGAGAAGGUACUUGGGAUCCUUGGCAUGGGAGGUAUUGGAACUGAAGUCGCUUUUCUGGCUCAGGCCUUCAAAAUGAAGGUUAUUUAUCACAAUCGAAAUCGAGCCGACCCCGAACCUAAGGGAACCGAAUACGUCACCUUCGAUGAUCUCCUUUCGAGAUCCGACGUCCUCAGCAUCAAUUGCGCAUUGACGGAUAAGACUAGGCAUAUCAUCGGGGCACCUGAGUUCAGGAAAAUGAAGACUGGCGUGGUUAUUGUAAACACCGCGCGUGGUGCUGUGAUCGAUGAGAAAGCUCUAGUCGCAGCUCUGCAAAAUAAGGUCGCAUCGGUUGGUCUAGACGUUUAUGAGCACGAACCCAAAAUCGAGAAGGAUUUGCGUGAUCAUCCGAGGGCCUUUUUGCUUCCCCACAUAGGGACUUUCACACACGAGACGCAAAAGAAAAUGGAAUUGCUUGUCCUCCGUAAUCUAGAGUCAUGUCUGAAGGGGGCCAACUUGGUCACUCGGGUUCCUGAGCAGCGUAAUACUAAGCUUUGA